GGAAAUGAAGGAAGCAUUGGCAAUGGCAUUCAAGGAUCACAGGCCAUAUACAACCAUUAUAAAACAAUUAGAAGAAACACUAUACCCAGGAAGCAUCAGAUUUUCUUAUUUUUAAUGCUUCUGCCAUUAGCAUUGGCAAAUAUGGAAAUCACUAAUUACACCGACGCUCAAACCGUCUCAGUGUACAAAGGAUUAGGGAAACUACAAAUAUCAUCAACUAAAUUAAUCCAUCUAAUAGACCUAGAACAGCUAGAAACAGAAUUGUACAAAAUACGAGAACACACAAUUAAUGACUUAAAAGGAAGCUACCUCUACCAUACACUAACACACGAAAUAGCUCAUUUACCGCAUUAAGUACUCUGACCUCAAAAUAUCGCAAAGCUCGAUCAAUCAAUUGGAUUGGUUCCGCUUGGAAAUUUGUGGCAGGAAAUCCGGAUCAUGACGACUUAACUAUGAUCGAAAAUAAUUUAAAUAGCCUUAUAACUAACAAUAACGAUCAGGUAAUAGUUAAUAAACAACUGCAAAGUAGAAUCAAUAAUUUAACAACAAUCUCAAAUAUGCUUACGAACUCAAUAAAAAAGGAUAACAAUUUUAACAAUGAAAUAGCAACGAGUCUGCAAAAUCAGGUCAGAUUGAUAAAAGAAGAAAUUGUAAACAUUAAAUAUGCCAUUCAAUGGGCAAAAAUUAACGUAAUUAACACACUCCUUUUAAACGAAUUUGAACUAAAUGAAGUAAAUAAAAUAUUUCAAAAAAACAAUAUUACCUCUUUAUCAAUCAAAGAAAUGCUAGAAUUUGUUGAUGUUUCAGUAUUACAUAAUAAAACAGCGAUUAUCUAUAUCAUCAAAAUACCAGAACUAGACCCCACUACCUAUCAAGAUAUGUUGAUAAAACCCGUUAUAAAAAAUAACUUUAUUGUACACUUAGAAACGAAUGAAAUAUUCAUAGCGCAAAAAGAAAUCAUUAAUGUACCCAAAAACUGUAAAAUAUCCAAUUACUUAAAAAUAUGUAAAAAAGAAAACACUGUAAAUCUAAAACAAACAAAAUGUAUUGCUAAGUUAAUUGAGGGAAAGGAAGCGCUGUGUGACUUCAGUAAUGCAGAACAUAUUCAGAAAAUAGAGGAGAUCGAUGGCAGCUUAAUAUUACUUAACAACUACACCGGCAACUUAAUACACAACAACAUAACUUACAAUCUAAAAGGAACAUACCUGGUUCAUUUCUGGAACGAUACCGUUCAAAUAAAUAGCAAGCAAUUCAACAAUAAAGAAAAAUCUAUCCUAAAACCCGGAACACCAAUAAUUCAAAUGUCACCCAUAGAAGUGGAGAGGUUAAAAAUUUUGUCAUUGGAAUCACUGGAGGCCCUCAACAUCAAAAACACAAAGCACUUAAAUAACGUAACAACACACUCUACCAUAAACCGCAUCGCGAUCUUGUGCUUACUGGGCACCGUCAUACUUCUUUCAAUAAUCUCCAAAAUCCACUUUAAGCCCAGAGAGAAAGUAACCAUUCAAAUUCAACAAGAGCCUCCCACGCUUAAUAGUAAACUUAAGCCAAGGCCGAUACAGCCCGAAUUCAACAAUAUUCCCUAUUUCUAACACCCACUUGAGGACAAGUAGGAUCCUGAGGGGGGAGAGUUAACAACAGAAACUUUUGUUACUCCUCUCGACGGCCGAUACAAUGAACCCUUAGUACUUCUCCUGCAAGAAUUGUGCAACAAAGUAUUCUAAGAAAUACAAGAGUUCAAAAAUCCUAAAUCAACAAUAUUAUAAACAUCCGCCGCGACGAACCCACGCAACACCGAAAUUGCAGAGAUUGCAAUUCGAUCCAGUUCAAUCGAGUUCAAACCACUCCAAUGCUCCGCCUAGCUGCCGAUCACGCCAUCAGCGACGACGACAACGUUCUGCCGACGCCUCUGUCAGACACCCACAGCUUACUUAGGGCUUACUCUAAUUCUCAAUGUUUAGUUCUUAAUUUGAAUCCGAAAUAAAAGGUCAACCUCGCAAAUUGGACUCGUUUAAUUUCCACAAAGGAAAAGAUUAACUUAUAUUCAGCUGCAAAAUUUUUUUUUUUUUAAUGACAGAAUAUAACAAUCCUUAUCUGCAUUAAACGUAAACAUUUUUUUUUUAUUUUUGAUUUUCUAGAAGAAUAAAUUAAUAUCAUAAUAAUGAGAAAAAGCUCAUAAAUAGAAAAAAAAAAACGUUUCAUUGAAAAUAAACAGAAAAAAAAUGGGAUGGUUUAGCGAUUCUAGUGAGGCAAAGGACAAUACUGCCAACGUAGUUAAUAACGUAAAAAUUAUAGAUCACACAGACGAUAUAAAUGCGUUGUGGAUCUUAUUGUUGAUCAUUACAAUAGUACUACUUCUACAAUUUCUGCUUACAAUUUAUGUUAAGCAUAACAAGAUCAUCAAAAGACGUUGUAUAAAUAGGGCAAAUCGUUUAGACCAGAUUUAAAAAAAAAAUAAUAUGGAUUAGAAGAAAGCUUAAUAAAAACUUUUUUUUUAACGACAAGAAUGGAAUGGAGCGAAAUAGCGAUACGAAUAGACGAAUUUCGCUUCAGGUUUGAUAAGUCUUAUAAAUGUAUCAAUAGAGACGCAGUAAUAAAAUCCGAAACUUUGAAAAAUCAUAUAGAGAUAUUAGUAGGAGAAUAUAAUAAUAUAGUUACAUUAGUAAAUAAAUAUGCAAAUAGGCUCACAUCUGAACAUAAUAACAAAUGUUUAAGGGUUAUAAAAUCCCUAAACACAAGAUUAAAUAACAUCAGAAAAAGAAGGCAUAUUCUGAUAGAAGUACCGGAAAGUCUAAGUCAAUUGGUUGAAUUCAACACAGACCAGUUCAAAGAACUAGACGAAUCUGUUCAAUCAAGCGGCGCUGAGUCCGAUAGUGACAUUGAAACGCUAGAAGGAAGCGACCGAAUUGAAUUUAAAUCUGAACCAAUAACAAUUUCUGAAAUGGCACAGACAGUGAUAGAAUUUAUCAGGCUAGCCACAUCUCUGAUACCAGAGUUUGAUGGUAAACCAGAAAAUCUACAAAGUUUUUUGGAUGCUCUAGGUCUACUAGAUAGCUUAAAGAGCACACAUGAAACGACAGCGAUAAGCCUAAUAAAACCUAACUUAAAGGCCAUGUAAGAAACCUUAUAAGUAAUGAGCAGACGAUUGCUGCAAUCAUUACCCAACUGUCAAGUGCAGUAAAAGGGGAAUCGGUAGAAGUGAUAUCUGCCAAGCUUCUGAAGCUACAACAGAGAAAUAAAACGGCUAACCAAUACACCCAAGAGGUGGAGAAACUGACAAAGGCCCUUGAAGGUGCCUAUAUCAGUGAAGGUCUCAGCCAAUCCUUAGCAAAUAAAUACAGCACUACAACAGCUGUAAAAGCAAUGACACAGAAUUGCUCCAUUGAUAAGGUAAAACUUAUCAUGCAAGCAGGCACAUUCACAAACAUGAAUGAUGCCAUCUCCAAAUUUGUAAACAGUUGCACAGAGAUAACAGGUCAAAGUAACACUGUACUCUAUUAAUUAUAAUAGAGGCGCCCGGGGUUAUAAUCGUGGAAGAAAUAACUACCACAACAAUUACAACCGAGGCAGCAAUAACAACAAUAAUAAUAUCUAUAAUAACCGUGGAGGUAGACGAGGCCAAAACCAAGGGAGAGGCCGCGGAAACUACAACCAUGGUAAUAAUAAUAAUAGCAGUGUGAGAAUCGCGCAAAAUACGUCGGAAAACUAACAGAACCCUUUAGGAAACAACCAAUAAAUGUAAAAGUUCAUUCCAUCAAUUAUAGUCUUAAUAUAUUCGUAACCUUCUAUAAUCAUUUAACUGAAAAUAAACUAACAUUUCUCAUAGAUUCUGGUGCAGAUAUCUCACUUUUGAAAGUAAAUUCUGAUAACUUCAUAAUUCAAAAUGAAAAAAUAAUAAACAUCGAAGGCAUAGGCCAAGGUGUGAUAAAGUCUCAAGGAACAACCUUAAUAGAACUCCAAUCAACAAAAUAUAUUAUUCCACAUGAAUUUCAUUUGGUAAACCCAAAUUUUGCAAUACCAUGUGAUGGAAUAAUAGGCAUUGAUUUUAUAAAGAAAUUCAAUUGUCAACUAGAUUUCAAACCAAGUAAAGACUGGUUUAUAAUUAGACCCCAAAAUUUAAAUUAUCCAAUAUAUGUUCCGAUAACAUAUAGCGCUGGCAACAAUACAGUUCUUCUGCCAGCCAGAUCACAAGUUAUUCGGAAAAUAGACAUUAAUGUUGUAAAUAAUUUCAUAUUUGUUCCUAAUCAAGAAAUACACAAUGGGAUUUAUGUUGCAAAUACAAUAGCAGCAUCCAAACAUGUAAGUUAACAACUAAGAGCACAGACAUUCAUGUCAACAAUACAUAAACACUAAGUUACCACAUAUAAACAAUGCUGACGCGCCCCAACGGAGUUCAGCGCUCUGCGCUACGAACGGUCAGCAACAGCAGUUGGACACCCCUUAUCCGGGGUACCAAGCUAUGUUGCAUAAAUGCUGAGUCGGCUUGCCGACCAUGGGUUUACGGCGUGAUGCAUUGGAGCCAGGGUAGAUCCACACUUUUCAUAUUCUUUUGUAUUCAGUUCUAAGCUUGCACUUUAACAAUAAAGAUCAGCUACUCCGGCACUUGGCCGUAAAAUACCAAUUGUUUUAAUUGAACAUUCUCGUUGAGCCAAAAGGCCAUCGAAAGACCACGGGGGCAAAGUCACGCCCUCCAUCCUAAUCUUCCUAAGACGUCUUCACCUCUGGCAUAAUAGCCGGACUUACUGAGGACUCAGGAGAGUCGACGUUGCGCCUGGAUAACACCCAGCCCAAGGAGACGACGCACAUCAACCCUAUACCACGGAGCCAUCUGUAAAAGAGGACCACCGGACUAUAGGACUUAUUAAGUUACAUAAGAACGAGCGCAAGAGUUACCGGUGACAUCAAUAAAGUGAUGUACUUUAGAGGUAACAGAUCCAACAGAGGAUACGGAAAUGCCAAUAGAGGUGGUAACCGAGGUAGAGGCUUCAA